UUCAUAUUUUAUCAACCAAAACUGCACUAUCAUCACAUUGCUGUUUAUCUUCCUCAUCGUCUAAUGGAGAUCGUUAAAGCACCAAAAGCAUUGCUUUUCAUUCUGUCUUCAAUUAUACUGUUUGCAGGCUACACAAUCGACGCGUUGUCUUACGAUCACUCUGCAACUAUUGAGUGUUUAAAAGAACCUUUGAAGCCUCAAUACAGUGGAGGGAUAAUUGUAAAUCCAGAGUUCUCAUAUGGUCUCAAAGGAUGGUCUUCUUUUGGUGGUAACGGCGGAAAGAUAAUGCAUAAAACGUCAGAGGAUGGAAACAGCUUCAUCGUCGCUCACAGUAGAAAUCAACCUUAUGAUACUUUCUCACAGAAGAUCUACCUACAUAAGGAAAACCUCUAUGCUUUCUCCGCUUGGAUACAAGUCAGCCACGGAAAAGGGCCAGUAACGGCUGUUUUUAAAACAACCGACGGUUUUACAUAUGCGGGUUCUGCUGUUGCUAGAUCUGGUUGUUGGUCCAUGCUCAAAGGUGGCCUCACUGUCGAUUCAUCUGGCUAUGCUGAACUUUAUUUUCAGAGCAACAAUACAAAUGCGGAAAUAUGGGUAGAUAAUGUUUCAUUGCAACCAUUUACUAAAGAGCAAUGGAGAUCUCACCAAGUCGAAGGUAUUAACAAGGCACGUAAGAGGGAUGUAAAAGUUCAUGUAAUCGAUUCAAAGGGUGAAACUCUACAAGGCGCAAAUAUCCACUUCAGGCCUAGGCAAAACAAAGCAAGCUUCCCAUUUGGGUGUGUCAUAAAUAAGGAUAUCAUAGGUAACCAAGCCGCCCAGAACUGGUUCUUGUCUAGGUUCUCUGUGACCGUUUUCGGGAAUGAGUUGAAGUGGUAUGCCACUGAAAGGUUCCGUGGAGUGGAGAACUACACUGACGCUGAUGCCAUGUUAGCAUUUGCAAAACAAAACGGUAUACCUGUUAGAGGUCACUGUAUCUUCUGGGAUGACCCAGAUUACCAACCCAAGUGGGUACCUUCACUUUCACCAGAAGAAAUAAAAGAUGCAGCAUAUAAGAGGCUCCAAUCUGUCGUAUCGAGAUACUCAGGUCAAUUUAUUAAUUGGGAUGUUAAUAACGAAAACUUACAUUUUCAGUACUUUGAACAAAUUCUGGGGGCAAAUGCUUCAGAUGUUUUCUUUCAAAUGGCAAACCAGCUAGAUCCAGCAACAAGAUUGUUCAUGAAUGAAUUCAAUACAUUGGAGUGGAGUGGUGAUACCUCAGCGUCACCGGCGCAGUAUGUAGCCAAGCUUCAAGAAAUUGGAAACUUCUAUCAGGGUCCUAGAGGGAUAGGAUUAGAGAGUCAUUUUGGCACUCCCAACAUUCCUUAUGUGAGAGCCGCCCUUGAUACUCUUGCUUCAGCAGGAGUUCCCAUAUGGCUUACAGAAUUGGACGUAAGCGUAGAGAACGGUACAGAAAUGCAGGCGUCAUACUUGGAGCAGAUCCUAAGGGAAGCCCAUUCUCACACUGCAGUUGAGGGGAUUGUCCUGUGGGCAGCAAGGAAUGAAACGGGAUGUUAUCGGAUGUGUUUGACAGAUGAAAAUUACAACAACCUUCCAACUGGUGUUGUAGUGGACAAGCUGAUCGAUGAGUGGAAACCUCAAAUCUCAGAGGGAUUAACUGAUAGUAAUGGUGAGUUCAAGACUUUGCUCUUCCAUGGGCAUUAUGAUGUGGCAAUUAAUCACCCAUCCAUGAAUUCCACAUUUUCUCGGAGGUUCGAAGUGACUGCACCAGAAACUUCAGCACGGAAUUCGGAGGAUACAACAAUAUCACCAAUGAUACUUCAUGUACAAGUUGAUGUAUGAUAAAUACUUGUGCGCAUUCAGUGAUAUAUUGCAUACCAACAUUUACUGCCAACAGAUAUUAUGUGUUAAUGAGCGUGUAAGACGAAAAAGAAACUGCGAGAAGUAAUUACUUAAACAUUGUCAGCAUAAUAUGAUUGAUACCUGCUGGAAUGUGAAUUGAUGAGCUCCCUUUUUUUGUU